GAGAAGGAGGAGGAGAAAAGUGGGCCGGCUGUGGGGCGGGUGUUGAACAUGGUACUGUCUCGCGAGCGAUGUCCGAGCCUCCAGAUACUAAACACUUCUGACACUCACACACACGUGCGCACACACGCACACGCGUGCACACACACAUACACACGCGAGAGCAUACACACGCGCACAGGCGCGCGCGUUACCCAAGUGUCACCAACUUUUCCAGGAUCUCUCCCGGGGUUUUGAAGACGAGCGAGCAGGAGAACAUCUCCGCGUGGAUUUAGUGCAGAAUCAGUCCUAGGGUGAAGAUCAUGGAGACACAGUCCAGGACAGGGGCAGAGGACCACAGUGCGGCCGGAGAGCCGCCUCUGCCCGUGGACUUUGCGGCGGCGGACUCGGCGGGUCUGUGGGGCUCCAACGUGAGAAAACACCAGCACAAGCACAACCUGAAGCACCGCUACGAGCUGCUUGAGACACUGGGCAGAGGAACCUACGGCAAGGUGAAGAAGGCCGUGGAGAGACACACCGGGCGCGUGGUUGCAAUCAAGUCCAUCCGUAAGGAGAAGAUCAAAGAUGAACAGGACAUGGUUCACAUCCGCAGAGAGAUCGAGAUCAUGUCCUCCCUACGCCACACGCACAUUAUAUCUAUAUACGAAGUGUUCGAGAAUAAGGACAAGAUCGUCAUCGUGAUGGAGUACGCCAGCAAAGGAGAGCUGUACGACUACAUCAGCGAGCGGCGUAAGCUGAGCGAGAGAGAGACCAGACACUUCUUCAGGCAGAUCGUCUCAGCUGUACAUCACUGUCACAAGAAAGGUGUGGUGCACCGAGAUCUAAAACUGGAGAAUGUGCUGCUAGAUGACAAUUAUAAUAUAAAGAUUGCAGAUUUUGGGUUGUCCAACAUUUACCACAAAGACAAGCUUCUGCAGACCUUCUGUGGCUCUCCUCUCUACGCUUCACCUGAAAUUGUAAAUGGAAGACCAUAUCGAGGUCCAGAGGUGGACAGCUGGGCUCUUGGUGUGUUGCUGUACACUCUGGUGUAUGGCACGAUGCCUUUCGAUGGCGGAGAUCACAAAAGACUCAUACGCCAAAUCAGCAAAGGGGAGUACCGGGAACCUCCCCAGUCAUCAGAUGCUCGUGGUCUUAUUCGGUGGAUGCUGAUGGUGAAUCCAGAUCGCAGGGCCACUGUAGAGGACAUCGCCAACCACUGGUGGGUGAACUGGGGCUGGAAGACCAGUGUGUGUGACUGCCAGACCCAGCGAGAGAACAGCUCACCCAUGCUCGCUCGUUUUAUCGAUUGGCAAAGUCGCGCCGAGACUCAGCCAAGCAAACUGGCAUUCCCCGAUUUAGGUGCCAACACCAGCGGCACCCUUUCGACCCGUCGUCUCAGGAGGUCUUCAAAGGAAAAUGAGGGUGGCAUCAGGGCCGUUCUAGAAGAGAAGCCAGCCGUGAAGAGGCCCAAAAGUAUCCUAAAAACACGGGCGAGCACCGGAGAUCAGCGAUCCCAAAGCUUGUGCGAGGCCGAGCUGCGCCGCUCCAUCUGCUACAGGGAUGUGGAACCUACCUCGAGUCCCGAGAGAGAGGAAGCGGCAGGAGGCUCACCAGCCAAAAUGAUGCCUUCUCUCCCUGUGAAAGGCAUCCUGAAGAAUAACCAUCAGCGUGAGUCUGGCUAUUAUUCCUCUCCUGAGAGCAGUGAGUCCUCUGAACUCUUAGGGAGCACCGUGGCUCCACCUCCUAAUGCCUCACCGCCAAAAAGGGCUCCUGGGAGGAAGGGUAUCCUGAAGAGGAACGGAAAAUACUCAUCUCACGUGGCAGCCCCGAUAGACUCGAACCUGCCACAGAGUCAGAAUCGAUCUUCAACCACAAUGAGGGAGGAGAUAGGCAUCCCAAGUAGGGCAGUAGACUGGCCUCCUGCGUCUCCUAAACCCAACAUCAGGGGAAGCCUUUCAGCCGAGGAUCUACUGCAGAUGGCAGGAUUUAGAGGACUGCAAACAGCAGCACCACACCAUGGCUCGAAGAACACCCGCAGUCCACCGGGAUCUCCUGGGGACAAUGGCAGCUUCUCCUUACUGGGGGAUAUGGAUGAUGUGACUCAAGUGUAUCAGCAGGCCCUGAACAUCAGCAGCCGUCUCAGUUAGAAAGCGAGCAAGAAGCUAAACGCUGAACGGCGAAGCGACUGGAUCAGUCAGGAAUAAUCAAUCAUGCUUUCAAUCAUGGACUUUAUGUUUACAUGCCACAAGAAGGGAAAUUUGUGGAGUUUAUCAGGUCUUUACGGCCGUGGAUAAACGAGGCACCUUACUGACACGUACUGACAUCUCCACACGGUUGAUGGUUCACAAAACACAAAACAUUACAAACCUGACUGCUUACUACUGACCUAAAAAAAGAGUAAAGAAUUAAGAAUA